AGUUUGUGUAAGUUGAGCCUACGAGUAUUAGCGAAACUUUGUUCACAGCUUCCGCAAAUCUGAAAGAAGCAAACUCGUCUCUGCUGUCUCACUUUUGCACGCGCUCGUUUCAAUAUAUACGCUUACAAAGUAUCCUAGCUUGCAUACAACCUUAUUGCACUCGCCUGGCGCUUGGGCAGCUGCUGUUUGGCGAGUACUUGGGCAGCUGCACAGUGGCUUGGGUUCUGCUCCAGCACCGCACAAUAUGUUGGAAUAAUAGCUGGCCUGUCAGCAGGGGCAGGGACUUCGUAGCUUCGCAAGGAUGGCUUCGUCGGGAGUCCAGCUGGGCGUGCUGAGCCACGAAUAUGGCGCACCGGCGGUCGGCUACACGGGCUCAAGCUCAGAAUACUGGGCACUGGCGGCCAUCCAACAGGCGGAGUACCAAGCGGCUCAACAGGAGGAGAAGCGCCAGGCGCGGCUGCGGCGCUCGCAGCGCUACUGGACGGCCUUCUACAACGUGCUGACUGUGGGCGAGCUGGUGUACUUCCUGGUGGGGCUGUACAUGGUGCAGUGGCAGGUGGCGGACCUGGCCGACAACCCGCUGCUGGGCCCGGGCAACGUGGGCGUCAUCAACCUGGGCGGCACUGACACGCAGCGCAUUGUGGACAAGUACCAGUACUGGCGCCUCAUCACCACACUGUUCUACAACGCGGGCGCCAUCCACCUGACCGCCAACCUGGGCAUGACGUGGACGUUCGGGCACUUCCUGGUGCGGCAGUUCAGCCCCUUCAUUGUCGUGUUCAUCUGGUUCGCUGCGGGGCUGGCGGGCGUCAUAUUCUCCGCCAACAUAGGGUCAGAGAACCGCACCGCGGGGGCGUCAGCACCCGCGUUCGCGUUAGCAGGCGCGGCCACAAUGAUGCUGGUGGUGCGGUGGCGCAAGUUCACGUGGCACCUGGCCAGCGCGGUGGUGGUGUGUUUCAUCGUGGGCGUCAACACCUUCAUUGGCGCCACGCCCUUUGUGGACAACAGCGGCAACACCGCCGCCUUCGUGUUCGGCGGCGUGCUGUGCCUGGGCUUCAUGCUCAUACGGAGGAGGCAAGCGGACGGCAAGGGGCGCGAGUGCCUGGUGUACGGCAAUGCGGCGGCGGCGGUGCUGGUGGUGAUUGUGGCCAUCAUAGGCGGGCUGGUGGGGCUGUGGCUGGACACGCCCAUUGGGGGCUGCUGCAACGUGUGGGUCUGCACUCCCAGCAGUUGGUGGGACUGCGAGGCCAGCCGCAUAUGGCCCACCGACUGCACCUACACCUCCUACCUCAACGGCACAGCAGUGCUCACCUGCCCGCGGGGCCAGUCCAUUGUGAUUGGCUUCGUGAACGGCACGGCUGCGGUGGAUCAGGUGGAGCAGUGGUGCAGCUCCUACUGCGACGCCACGGGGCUGACGGGGAGCGGCGGCGGCUCAGGGGGCGUCAGCGGCGGAGCAGGGGGCGGAGGCGGAGGCACCAGCGGCGGGGUGUUGCGGCUGCGGUAGGCUCCGAGAAUUUGUGGGCUGAGCGUGGUGUGAUUAGCAGGUUGACAAAGAUGAUGUAUGUAUGUGUUUUUGUUUCGUGAUGGCGCAAACCGCAGGUUAGCACGGACUGUGCACCCCACCCAACCGGCCACGUCCGGAAUUGCGGGGAUGCCAAAGGCCCCCAACAUAGAGGCGUGUGCUUAGUAGGCGCCCGCGUCAAGGUGGCGGGGUUGAUAACGACCCGGGAUCAGCCCUUUUCCUGCCAUAAGGCAGCCACCUCCUUGUUGUUUCGUGACAUUGUUGGUUGGAAAUUUACGUGACAAUGGAGUGUUGAAUGCGUGGAUACGUGUGAUGCAUGUGGCAGUCUUUCCGGAACGAAUGACUGGCAGCAGGCCGCAGGAGGUCGGCUGCGGCGUUAGGCUUUGCCGCGUUGUCUUAGCUUGCGGGUUUGUCGUGAGGGAUUGGGCAGGUGGCGUGCCAGCAGCACGCAUAGCAGGCAAGUGCGGCUGGUGGCAACGACAUGCGCAUCUCAGGCAGGCAGCACGUGUGCUUCAUCGCGAUGCGCCUGGAUCCAGGUUGCGUGAAUGUGGAGCGGUUUGGUGAGACAGCAGCAGCAGCAGCGGCAGCAGGGGGUCGGGCGGUGAUGUGGGGCGCGGUGUAUGCAGGAGGCAUCCUGUAUGUGUAUCUGGGCGCUUAAUUGCGCUGAGCCAAUCGACGGGGACAGGUUCCAUUUUGUGGCGUGAGAGCCGCCUCCCCCCGGUUCGUGCACGUGCUCGAGCGCUGUGCCGCAGUAGUAGGGUGAGGUGUGACCUUGCAAUUUCCAGGUUCGGGUUCAGGUUCAGGUGUGGGGCAGCACUGGGGGUCUGGGGUGCAACAUCGGAUGACAGACGAAAGAGUGCGGGAAACACGAAGGCGCGGAGGCGCAUUUGGACUUGGAUUCUUGGAAGUGGAUAUGGCUAUGGCACGCCAGGGGCAGGUGCACGCCUGGCCCGCGUCCGUACUUCGCGUGCAACUUGGACGUCCGUCCCCUGAACCGUCACUUGCCAUGCGAUAACGGCUUGCCUUACUCGUGUCGUUGUGUGGCCGUGUGGCCCCGCCCCAGCACGUGCCCUGUCCUCACCGCGCACACCUGCAUCACAUGCUGGUACUAGCUGAUGCUCCUGUGUGAUGUGCUGUGCUUGACCAUGAAUCCAGGGGCCUCGCCCUACGUAGACGUGUAC